AUGUCAUCCUCAGCACCAUCUCAACCGCCCAAGGCCGAGGCCUACACCACAUCCUCGAACCCAACAUCCCGCAACCCUGCCGAGAAUGCAGCUGCACAGCAAGGCGAAUCGAGCGCACGCGACGCAGUCCUCGGUCGCACGCCAUUCCCGCAGUCGCAGUCGCGGUCCGCCGACGAUGCAGUGCCCAGCUCCCUAGGACAGGGUGUGCAUUCCUCCGGCCCCGUCGAUGCUACGGAGAAGCGCAACACGGCAUACAGCAGCACAGGCGCCAGCCGAGGCCCAGAGAACCCGAAUGUCGAGGCAGAGCAGAUGGAGACUCUGGCGGAAGGCAAGGUUGCGGAUGCUGUCGAUCGGAAGAGCGGGGCGCAGAAGGUCCCCGGGCAGGACGUGCAGUUUGACGAUUACGCAAGUGGUCUCGAGAAGUGA